AUGAACAUUGCCAACGCCGGAGAGCCACGCACCGAGGCACCCGCCCCAGCGCAGCUACCGGCAACCAGCCACAAAAGGGCCGGUUUUGCUGACGACGCAGAAGAGAAGAGCAAUGUCGCCGCUCCGAAGAGGGCAGCGACGACAACACUGGUGGCCACGCCCCGGCUACUGGUGACAAUGGGGGGGGGCGAUCACAUGUCGAAGAUGUUGACGCUCAUGGAGGGCCUGGCCGGUAGACUGGAGCGACUGGAAGAGUCGCAGACGAAGAUGGAACAGAGGCUGGCAGACGACAACAAGUGCGCGCGCGACACUGAUCAACCGAUGACACCUCCCAUGAAUUCCAGCCUGUUCGCAUCACGCGUGGGCAGAGGUGCCAGGAUGCACCUGGACUCUUUGGCUGGAUCCCCGAGCACGCCACGCACGACACCUCCACGGAGACCUGCAGUGGUACUACUCUGUCCAGAAAAAGUCGCACGAAAGUGCUUUUCCUAA